GUCCAGUGGUGUCUGUCCUAGGUGUCUGUGUAUCUGCUUCAUCUUCGAUCAGGAAAAAAUGGCAGAGAAGGCAGAGUUGUUGGAGUGGCCAAAGAAGGAUAAGCGUCGUUUUCUCCAUGUUGUCUACCGCGUUGGUGAUCUUGAUCGCACUAUCCAGUUUUACACUGAGUGCUUUGGCAUGAAGGUGUUGAGGAAAAGAGAUGUCCCUGAGGAGAAGUACUCUAAUGCUUUCCUUGGUUUUGGUCCUGAGACCUCCAACUUUGUCGUCGAGCUCACAUACAAUUAUGGUGUUAGCUCCUAUGACAUUGGGACUGGAUUUGGGCAUUUCGCCAUUUCCACUCAAGAUGUUGCCAAGAUGGUUGAGACUGUCCGUGCCAAGGGCGGAAAUGUCACCAGGGAGCCUGGUCCAGUCAAAGGUGGAAGCAGUGUCAUUGCCUUUGUGAAGGACCCUGAUGGUUACACUUUUGAGCUCAUCCAGAGAGGUCCUACUCCUGAACCACUCUGUCAAGUCAUGCUUCGUGUUGGUGAUCUUGACCGUGCCAUCCAGUUCUAUGAGAAGGCCCUAGGGAUGAGACUCUUGAGGAGGAUUGAGAGACCUGAAUACAAGUACACCAUAGGCAUGAUGGGAUAUGCUGAGGAACAUGAGUCGAUAGUUUUGGAGCUGACUUACAACUACGGCGUGACUGAGUACACAAAGGGCAAUGCAUAUGCACAGAUUGCAAUAGGCACGGAUGACGUGUACAAAAGCGGUGAAGUUGUGAAGAUAAUGAACCAAGAGCUAGGAGGAAAGAUCACUAGAGAAGCCGGACCUCUUCCUGGACUCGGCACCAAGAUUGUCUCGUUCCUCGAUCCUGAUGGCUGGAAAACUGUUCUGGUAGACAACGAAGAUUUUCUGAAGGAACUGGAAUGAGGAGAGAGAGGGAUGAUGAUGGUCAAGAAUAGAUCACAGCUAAAAACGUUACCAUAAUAAUAAAAUAUGUGAUCUUUUGAAGUAGAGAAAAGACUUAGUAUUUGAUCUAAAUAAGAUGUUGGUGGUUCAGUACUUCACUUUUUGUGUGUCGUGUGCUAUGUGCUUGUUCUUUUUUAACUUUUGAGCUAAAAACUCUGUUACGUUCCUGAAUAAAAUAUACCCACCAUCUGGUUUUGGUGUUUACCGGUUA